CAAGCUUUAAAUGAGCUCGAGCUGAGCUGAACUCAAGUCUUAACGAGCCUAGCUCGGCCUCGUUAAAUUUAACAGCACUUUAGUCACAUACAUGGAGCAUGAACUCUGCAAAAUCAUGCUCAACUUAUGCAACACCCACCAUUUUAAGAGGCUGACAUUUAUUAUGAGCCUGAUCACAAUCUCAAACAAAAGCAAACUGCAAAAAAAGCAAGACUCUCAUUUUCAACCAAAGCCAAACCAUAACAACAGUUAUAAUGUCUUAUCAUCAUCAUCAUUCCCAUAUUCCCUUUCUGCUUCUGCUGUUAUUUUCCAUUGGGCUCUCGUUCGAAGCCUCGGCCCAGGACACGAUUGCUGGAUGUGGGCCAAGCCUGCUACCUUUGGCCUCAUGUGGGCCGUUUGUGCAGGGCAAUGCGGCUCAUCCGGCACAAUCAUGCUGCCAUGGCCUGGACCAGCUCCAUAGCCAGAGGCCCGGUUGCAUUUGCCUUUUGCUCCAUGACUCGAAUUUGCUGUUUGCAUUUCCAAUCAACACUAAACUCGCUCUUCAGUUACCUGCUAUUUGCCAUCUUGGUUUCGACGUGUCCACCUGUAGAGGAGCAAUUUCCUUACCUUCCCUUGCACCUCCUGCUAGAGCCUCUUUUGUGCCAAUCCCUAAUUCGAGUGUCGUGUCAGCUUCUUCUCCAAUGGUGACUAUGACUCAUAGACCGAAUUUCAAAGGCAUCGGCUUACAUCAAAGUGCAGAAGUGAGUCUGAAGGCAAAACAUCACAUGUCGAAGCUAAUGCUGAUGCUGAUUGUAGCUGUUGCUUGUAUAAUGCCAGCUCAUCAUGCUCGAAUAUAG